GGGGUCUUCAGCUGACGGCUGGGGAUCCAUGUGGGGCCUUCGCGAUUUCGGCACCUUCGGAGCACGGAGCCGGAGGGAGGGGACACCCGCGACCCGACGGCCUUGCAUUUUGAGGGUCUGUUUGUGCAGCAACUGGUCCCAAAUCAAAACAACAAACAGCCACUGCCCCCUUUUCUCUUGUACAUGGUUAAACUGCCGGCCUCGACGACAUCUCGAUCCCCUCCCACCACUCGACAUCCGCGUCCCCCACCUUUCCGCGCAUAACGUUGCUCUGUACCCCACGUUACUAAUCAGCCUCGAGCUGAGCAAACGCGACAAUGGCCGAUGCGCCAGCGGAAAAGACAACAAGCGCCGGCCAAGAUGUUGGCUACCCGCAUGGGCAUUUGGGGCACUUGACGGAGGGGGAAGAGAACCAACUAAAGGCGUUCAAGGUCUUCCUCGAGGAGAAGGACCUUUACAAGGCCGGGCCCCCUCCUUCACACGAUGACCAAACUCUGUUGCGCUUCCUCCGCGCACGGAAAUGGGUUGUCAAUGACGCCUACCAGCAGUUCAAGGACACCGAGGCGUGGCGGCAGGCCAACCACUUGAACGUCCUGUACGACACGAUCGAUGUGGACGCAUAUGAGCAGACGCGGCGUUUGUAUCCCCAAUGGACAGGGAGGAGAGACAGGAGAGGCAUCCCGCUUUACCUCUUCCAAAUCCGCCACCUCGACUCCAAGACCGUGUCCGCCUACGAAAAGGCCUCGGAAUCCGCCAACGUCAGCAAAGCGGAGACAGACGGCUCGACCCCGCAACGGCUCCUCCGGCUGUUCGCCCUCUACGAGAACCUGACGCGGUUCGCGCAGCCGCUGUGCACGGAGCUGACGGACCGGGAGCACGCGGGGACGCCCAUCACGCUCAGCACCAACAUCGUGGACGUGUCGCAGGUGUCGCUGCGCAUGUUCUGGAACCUCAAGGCGCACAUGCAGGCGGCGUCGACGCUGGCGACGGCGCACUACCCGGAGACGCUCGACCGCAUCUUCAUCAUCGGCGCCCCUUACUUCUUCAGCACCGUCUGGGGCUGGAUCAAGCGCUGGUUCGACCCCAUCACCGUCUCCAAGAUCUUCAUCCUCAGCGCCGCCGAGGUCCGCCCCACGCUCGAGGCCUUCAUCGAGCCCCGCAACAUCCCCAAGCAGUACGGCGGCGAGCUCGAGUUCGAGUUCUUCGACCGCCCCAACGUCGACCCGAAUAUCAAGGACGCUGUGCGCUGGGAGGGUGGCCACACCGACUUCCCCGCGGGCCCGCUCUACUGGGUGCCGGUGGAUGACGGCGCCCGCCUCGCCUGCAUGGCUGUCGGGAGUAAGGACGGCAAGGAGCGCCGCGAGAGGGUCGGCACCAUCCCGGUCACGUUUCCCAAGGGGGAGAUGGCCGCGCAGCCCGUGGCUGACGCUGCUGUUGCUGCUGCUGUUGCUCCGGUGGCGGAGGCGUCAACAGCGCCCGCCGAGGCUGCGGUUGAGGGAAUCCAGAAAUUGUCGAUCACCGACAACAAUGUGGCGGGCGAGAUCGAGGAGAAGGUGGCUGCCGGCGCUGGGGGGCAGCAGCCAGAUCAGAAGGCGACGGCAGUUCCCAGUUGAGCGGGGCAUGAGGGGGUGCAUACCAUACAACAAGACCUGGAGAGCGCUUUGCAUAGUUGGGGGUUGUGUUUGGCGCAGCUCAGAUAGAUACCUUUCUGAUUCGACCUUUUUGGGGUUACUUAGGGACUUGGGGGCUUGGAUAUGGUUGCAAAUCUAUGUGCGGAUAGAAUAUUACUUCCUUCUGGGGGCCCGGUUGGCCAAUAUUUGUGUCGGAAACCCUCUUAUGUGCCUAAAAUCGCGCGCGUGUAACAAUCGU